UUGUCUACCUUCAUUUUUCUUAAUUGUUUCAAUUAAUUUAAUUCUUUAUUGUUCAAUUGAACCUAUUGAAUAUCCAUUGUAACCCAACUUGUUUAAAUAUUCAAGGAAAUUUGUGCUUCUAAUUUAACUCUAACUGUUUCCAUCUCUCUCUCUCUCUCUCUCUCUCUCUCUCUCCCUACUUGAUUCAUUCUCUGCUUCUCUAUCCCUUCUAUUGUGUGUCAACUGUAGAGGACAAAUUGUGUAAGUCGAAGGAGUAUUUAUUUACACACACUCAUCAUAGAAAAUGACUAUCAACGAAUGGGUCCCUCAAAAUGUCGGUGUUACUCAACACAAAUUAGCCGUUACUCGAGAUUAUAUUAAUCAACCUCGUUUAGCUUAUAAAACUGUUUGUGGUGUAAAUGGGCCACUGGUUAUUCUUGAUGAUGUUAAAUUUCCAAUGUACGCCGAGAUUGUCAAAUUAGUCCUACCCGAUGGAACUGCACGAACUGGUAAAGUUCUUGAUGUCCGAGGAUCAAAGGCUGUUGUUCAAGUCUUCGAAGGUACUUCUGGUAUUGAUGCCAAGUAUACAACCUGUGAAUUUACCGGUGAUAUUCUUCGGCAACCAGUGUCUGAGGACAUGUUGGGUCGAGUAUUCAAUGGAUCUGGUAAACCAAUUGAUAGAGGACCACCAGUUUUGGCUGAAGAUUAUCUCGAUAUUGAAGGUCAAGCUAUUAAUCCUGAAUCUAGAACUUAUCCUGAAGAAAUGAUUCAAACUGGUAUCUCAGCCAUAGAUGUUAUGAACUCGAUUGCUCGAGGACAAAAGAUUCCAAUUUUCUCCGCCUCUGGUUUACCACACAACGAUAUUGCUGCACAAAUUUGUCGUCAAGCAGGUCUUGUUAGAUCACCUGACAAAGAUGUACCCGAUGAUAAUUUCGCCAUCGUCUUUGCUGCUAUGGGUGUAAACAUGGAAACCGCUAGAUUUUUCAAACAAGAUUUCGAGGAAAAUGGUUCCAUGGAAAAUGUCUGUCUUUUCCUUAAUUUGGCUAACGAUCCAACCAUCGAACGUAUCAUUACACCUCGUUUAGCUUUGACAACUGCCGAGUUUCUUGCUUAUCAAUGUGGUCGUCAUGUGUUGGUCAUUCUUACCGACAUGUCUUCCUAUGCUGAAGCCUUGAGAGAAGUAUCUGCUGCUCGAGAAGAAGUUCCUGGUCGUCGUGGUUUCCCAGGUUAUAUGUACACCGAUUUGGCCCAAAUUUAUGAGAGAGCUGGUCGAGUAGAGGGUCGAACUGGUUCAAUUACACAAAUUCCCAUUCUUACUAUGCCUAAUGACGAUAUUACACAUCCAAUUCCUGAUCUCACUGGCUAUAUUACUGAAGGUCAAAUUUACGUUGAUCGUCAAUUGAAUAACAGGCAAAUUUAUCCACCUAUUAACGUAUUACCAUCUCUAAGUCGUCUCAUGAAAUCUGCUAUCGGUGAAAACAUGACCCGAAAAGAUCAUGCUGAUGUAUCCAAUCAGUUGUACGCUUGUUAUGCCAUCGGUAAAGACGUACAAUCAAUGAAAGCAGUUAUUGGUGGUGAAGAUUUAACACCAGAAGAUUUAUUAUACCUUGAAUUUUUGACCAAAUUUGAGAAAAACUUUAUUACUCAGGGUAAUUACGAAAAUCGAACAAUCUUCGAAUCACUGGACAUCGGUUGGCAGUUAUUGAGAAUAUUCCCUCGUGAUAUGCUUAAGCGUAUUCCCCACAACACUCUGAAUGAAUUUUAUCCUCGUCAAUCUACUGGUCCAGCCGCUAAAUGAUUCCGAUGAAAAAAAAAUUUCUCCUUUUUUUUCCUUCUUCUCUUCUCUAAUCCUGUUAUUCACGGAUUUUAAUUGCAAAUUAAAUAACUAAUCAGGAAAUAAAUAAUAUACCAUUUAAACCAGAUCAUUCCCCAUUAUUAAUCUUGUUAUUCGUACUUCUCCACCAGGUCAACACGCUUAACAAGUGGGGCUACCAAAUGGUGAAGUAUGAACCUGUGUUAGUAUGUUUUGUGUUAGGGUUUUGCUCAUCCAAAGACAAGAAAAACAAACAAGCAACAACAACAAUUAACCGAUAAACAAGAUCAUCAUCCAAUGGAGACAAACGGAAUCAUCAUCAAAUUUCAAUGUCAACAAACCUGCAAAUUCAACGCUUGUUUCCCUCUCUCUCUCUCUCUCUUUCUUCAAAAACUAUAUAUUAUUUUUCAUCUUUAUUUUGUUUUUCUAAAUUAAUAAGUUUUUCUUGUUGUUCUCUCCCUUGUAAGAGUAUAAAAAAAAAUGUCAUUUUGUCAACAAAAAGAAAACUGUAAACAAGAAAAUGAUGCAACAAUAUUGCGUUUGUUUGACACUCCAACUCGGUAACAAACAAGAAAAAUAUCAACUCGAAAUGCUGUGCAAUCGAAGUUAAUUCAUUUUAAA